AUGCUCGUCCCGUGGCUCGCUCGAUACUUAAUACCGUGGCUUUUGAUAUCAUACGUCACGUGUACGCCUGUAUCGGAAAGGAAGAGCUCCCAUACCGUCCGUCAGUCUGCAGUGGGCGUAGUGACCGGAGUGAAGUCACGAGAUGAAAACGGCAACGUCUAUGUGCGCCGAGAGGUGAGGGACUUGAAGAACAACGCGCCAGACCAAUGGAGUCUUUACAUCUUGGCGCUUCGACAACUUCAUACAACUCCGCAGAGUAACCCCAACUCAUUCUACGGCAUCGCAUCGAUACAUGGAAGGCCUUACGACAUUUGGGGUGAUGCACCAGGAAGAAAAGAGAAGAUUGGAAAGGCUGGCUACUGCCCACAUGGCAAUGAGUUGUUCCUGGGUUGGCAUCGCCCGUACCUUGCGCUAUUCGAGCAAGCACUUUCGAGCCAUGUCUAUGAUAUCGCUAAGAAAGCACCCGCCGAUCAGAUCGAACGGUACCUCAAGGCAGCAAAUGAGUUCCGCAUACCUUAUUGGGACUGGGCACAAGGUAACACUAUUGGCCCGGUGCCCGACUUCUUUACAGCCCCCGAAAUAGCGGUGACGGAUACGGACGGCAGUCUAACAGUGGUGUCAAAUCCGUUGUAUUCCUACAAGUUCAACCCCAUACCUGCUGGCUUUGAUCACAAGUGGGCCUCUAUGAGUUCGACGAUACGAUGGCCGAGUGACGCGACCGCCAAUGCGACAUCGCGACAAUCGAUGUUUGUCGGUGCCUUCAAUGGCCAGUCCACCAAUCUGAUAUCUCAGAUCGUCAGCAACGUCGACCGCCUACUCGCACUAUACCAGGGAGCGCACCCCGAUCUCUGGAUGGAGAAGUCAAGCAUAGGACCGCACGGCAAUGUUUAUCUUGACGACUACCAAGACGUUGACGCAAACACUGAACUCCUCCCAUUCAGAAAGGACCCCGGCAAAUUCAUGACCUUCAACGACUGUCGCAAUACCACUGUCCUAGGUUAUGCCUAUCCGGAAACGAAGCGCUGGAAGUUCGCAUCAGACCAAGCCUACCAGGCAGAUGUCGCAGCGCAGAUUGCGAGGAUGUAUGGUGGCCGCGCGCGCGCACAGAGCAAAGUUACAGUUAUGAGUACCAAACCAACGCCAUUCGGAGAAACACUCGAGGACAGCAAUGGCACAUACACCGACUGGAUCAUCGAGACACAAGCCGUUGCUUCCAAACUUCCACCUUCGUUCAUCGUCAAGUACUCGCUCGGCGGCAUGUUCAACUCCGACCCAGUUGUCGACGUGGGAAGCUGGAUGAUGUUGAUGCCGGAGCGACUCGACGACGUGCACACCGAGAAAGAUCCCUCAAAACCGGAGAAGUUGAUGAACGGUACAACAAGUAUCACACCUUAUCUCGUCGAGCAGAUCGAAAACAAGAGCUUGAAGAGCCUGGAGCCCAGCGACGUGGUGCCUUUCUUGACCGAGAAGUUGACCUGGAAUGUCUAUGAUCAAAAUGGCGAACGUGUCAAGUUUCCAGACCAAAAGACUCUUUCAGUCAAGGUGUUCAGCACCAGCGCGCGCGUGCCAGACAAUGACCAAGAGCCGAUCGAAUACGACGAGGGAAGCACGACCUAUCCCGAGAUCACGGCAGGCAAGUCUGGUGGUAACAAGAUGGGUCCCCCGGGGAUGAUGCCUCCACGAUUCUAG